AUGAGCGCACUCACGUUUCCCCUAUCAGCAAACGGCCUGGGACUUGAUAUGUGGACGCUAUCGCCUGAUGCCAUUAACAAAGUUUUAUAUUACUUUUACUGGGAAGAGAUUCUCUACGCCGUGGGUCUGGCCAUUAGCAAGAUUUCCAUUCUUCUCUUCUACCUGCGAGUGUUCCCACAGCAGACAUUCCGGUACAUGGUCUUUGUCAUGAUUUCGCUCAACGCCAUGUACGCCAUUGGGUUCAGCCUGGCCGUCAUCCUCCAGUGCAGUCCCGUCGACGGCGCCUGGCGGAGCUGGGACGGCGAGUACAAGGCCAAGUGCUUCAACGUCAACUACCUCGGCUGGUCGGGUGCCGGGGCCAACAUCUUUUUCGACGUCACCACCUUGAUCCUGCCACUUCCCGUCCUGGCACAACUGACCAUGAGUACGCGCAAGAAGCUCCAGGUCUUUUCCAUGUUUGCGGUCGGCUUCUUUGUUACCCUCGUUAGUAUUCUGCGUCUACGAUCCAUGAUCGAGUUUGGCUCCACCACCAAUGUGACUCAGGACUACGUCGAAGUGGGCUACUGGUCCAUGAUUGAAAUCUCCAUUGGCAUUGUAUGCGCCUGUAUGCCGGCGUGCCGAGCCCUGCUGUCCAUGGUGCACCAAACCAUCUCGGGCAGCCUGGGAACCAAGGGCAGCGGCAGCGGCGGCAGCAACCGUACGCCGGCCUCGUAUCAGCGGGACGUCGAGGGCAACCUCAGUGGAGGCAACAAGACGAUUGGCAGCAGCGGCCGCAACAAUAAAAAGGUGCUGAGGCGGUACAGCAAGUUUGGCAACUCGACGGAAAUCACCCUCGACACGAGCAACGCCAACUGGAGCGACGUUGAGCUCGUCGCCGUGGAAAAGGCACCGUCGCCCCAGAGCACCGACGUUGAUCUGCUCGCCCCAACGACGCCGGGCGGAUCAGGAGGGCCCCCUUCGCCACACUUGAAGCGGUGGAGUGCCUUGAGUGGGAAUAUAAGGGAUUCCCUGGGUUGGAAAAAAUAA